AUGGCGCCUGUAGAUAGCUCUACGCUUCACCUGCUUUUGUUGAUCUUCUGGACUUUAUGGCAGAGUUCCACGUCCAGCCAAGUCCGUCACGAGUUCCAGGUUCUGGAGGAGCAGCCGGUCGGGACGUACGUGGGCACGGUGGAGACGAGACCGGGUUUUACCUACCGCUUCGGCGAGAGCCACAAACUCUUCAUGAUCAACGGGACGACCGGCGUGAUCCGGACGUCGACGGUGAUAGACCGAGAGACCCUGCCGAGUGAUGUCAUAAACGUCGUGGUGCUGUCCAGCCAGCCUACCUAUCCUACAGAGGUCCGAAUCGUGGUUCUGGACGUUAACGACAACGCUCCCGCCUUCCCGGACGCGACCAUCACCGUCUCGUUCCGAGAGGACGCCGCCGGAGGAAGGCAGGUCAUCCUGGACACGGCUACAGACGCCGACAUCGGGGUCAACGGAGUAGAUCACAACACCUACCGGAUCAUCAGGGGCAACGACAAGGGGACGUUCCGCCUGGAUAUUACAGUCAACCCGAGUGGACAGGGGGCCUUCCUGCACCUAGUAACCACCGGGGGCUUGGACAGGGAGCUCACCUCUUUCUACCAGCUCCUCGUCGAGGUCCAGGAUAAAGGGGAACCUAAGAAAUUCGGCUACCUCCAGGUCAACGUCACCGUCCAGGAUGUGAACGAUAACCCGCCCACGUUCGACCUGGACCAGUACCAGACCAGCGUGUUCGAGGAUGCUGCGAUAGGGUCCGGCGUGCUGCAGGUCACCGCCGCCGAUCAGGACGAAGGUGCCAACGCUGAUAUCAGGUACUUCUUAGAUGAAGGGACGCCGUUCCAAAUCGACCCCAAAGCAGGUACGAUAACCAUCAAAGAGGCGCUGAAUUACGAGAGCAAGAAAGAAUAUUCAUUCACCAUACACGCUACCGAUAACGGGGCGCCAUCGCUGUUAGGGAGGGCAGAGGCGACUAUUAAAAUCCUCGACGUCAACGACAAUGACCCCGUGGUUAAAUUUAGGUACUUCCCAACCACGUCUAAAUUUGCCUCUGUGGAUGAAAACGCUCAGAUCGGGACGGUCGUGGCGCUGCUCACCGUUUCUGAUUCGGAUUCCUCCAGCGCUAACGGUAACAUAUCCGUGUCUAUUCUGGGAGGGAACGAGCAGGCCCACUUUGAGGUGCACACCUCGCCCGUGCCCAACCUCAGCUUAAUAAAGGUGGCUAGCGUGCUGGACAGAGAGCGCAUAUCGUCCUACAACCUCACCGUAUCGGUGUCGGAUAACGGACGCCCCGUGGCUCGAUCCUCCUUCGCCAGCUUGGUCAUAUUCGUCAACGAUAUCAACGACCAUCCGCCAAUAUUCCAGGAAGCGGUGUAUAGGGUCGAUAUUAGCGAGGACGUUCCCAAAGGCAGCUACGUCAAAGGAGUUUCGGCUACCGACGGCGACUCUGGUCAGAAUGCUAACCUGCGCUACUCGCUGGUAUCAGGAAACAGUUUGGGUUGGUUCGCCAUCAGCGAGAACAGCGGACUGGUUACUAGCGCCGCGCUGCUCGAUAGGGAAACGGCGUCCGAGGUGGUGCUUAACAUCAGCGCCAAAGAUCAAGGCCUACAGCCCAAGAUAUCGUACACCACGCUGGUCGUGAACAUCACAGACGUGAACGACCAAACGCCGACGUUCACACAAAGCGCGUAUCACGUUUCGCUACUCGAGCAUUCGCCAGCUGGUAGUGAACUUCUGCAGCUGUCCGCCCUGGAUACAGAUCUCGGUGCCAACGGCACGGUACACUUCACAUUUGACCCAGAAACACCCGCCGGCGUGCAGGAACUCUUCCGGUUGGACUCGGUCACGGGGAAGCUGAGCGCUGCCAGCGAACUUGAUAGGGAAGAUCAAGGUUCCUACUUACUGCACAUCAAAGCGACUGAUGGAGGCUCACCGGCGCUACACGCCACCGCUAAAGUCAACGUCACGCUCAAAGACGUCAACGAUAACCGGCCCAUCUUUUACCCCGUCCAGUAUUUCGCCAGCAUCAGAGAGAACGAGCCUCCCGGGUGUCACGUCACGACCGUCUCGGCCUCCGAUCCCGACCUGGGUCGAAACGGCACCGUCAAAUACGGCAUUACCGCCGGCGACACGUCAAAGUUUCACGUCAAUAGCAACACGGGCCGGAUCACGACGCUCCUGCGGUUGGACCGAGACGACAAGACGAAUUACCGGCUGCAGGUUUCUGCGACGGACGGAGGAGAACUCCGGUCCCAAACGCACGCUAUCGUCACCGUCACCGUGAUCGACUCUCAGGAUAACCCGCCCACGUUCAGCCAGAAGGAAUACAGCUUCGUGAUGUUUGAAAACGUAGCCACGAACACGGUCGUAGGAACGAUCAUGGCUAACACGCUCGACCCGAACGCGAACGUCACUUACCUGAUAGCGUCUGGUGACCAGAAAGGACUCUUCAAUGUCGACAGCGCGACCGGACACAUCACGGCGACCGGACAGAUCGACCGAGAGGAGCAGGCGUUUUACCAGCUGAAGGUGGUCGCCAAAGGAGGCGACGUCACCGGAGAAGCUCUCGUAAACAUCACGGUGAAAGACCUGAACGAUAACGCUCCACACUUCCUUCAUCCCGUCGAGCACGUCAGCGCGGUGGAGAACUGGAAAACCGGACACGCUAUAUUUCAGGCCAAAGCGUACGACCCGGACGAAGGGACCAACGGGAUGUUAGCGUACAGCCUCCUGCAGAACCCCAAAGGACUCUUCCAUAUACAUGAAGACCAUGGACUGAUCACGCUCACCGGACCUCUAGAGGUCGCCACCAGUUCCUACCAGGUUGAGGUCAUGGCUUCUGACCUUGGCAUUCCUCAGCGCACCUCGACCUUCGUUUUGACCGUCAGCGUUUAUGACGUGAACGACCACGCCCCGGUGUUCGACCAGCUCUCGUAUGAGGUGGUCAUCCCGGAGUCCGAGCCGGUGAACGGGCGCUUCUUUAAGGUGGAGGCGGUGGAUAAAGACUCCGGAGUUAACGGCGAGAUCGUGUACGGCAUCACAAGCGGCAACACCAACAACGUUUUUGGGAUUUUCCCCGACGGGCAGCUGUACAUCAAGGCAGAACUGGACCGAGAGGUACAGGAGAGGUACAACCUGCUCCUGGUGGCCCGGGACAGAGCAGUGGAGCCGCUCAGCGCUAGUGUUAACGUGACCGUUAUCCUAGACGACGUCAACGACAACCGGCCACUUUUCAACAGCACCAACUACGUGUUCCGUUUUAAAGAGGAGCAGCCGCGAGGGUCGCCGGUCGGAAGGGUCUUCGCUGAGGAUAAAGAUUUCGGUCCGAACAGCGAGGUCAGGUACUCGUUUGAGACGCCUCAACCGAACUUCGAGCUGAACACCAUCACCGGGGAACUGACCAGCACCUUACAGCUGGACAGAGAGUCUCUGAUGAGGCAGCGAGGCACAGCGGUCUUCAGUUUUACUGUCAUUUCGUCCGACCAGGGACUCCCCAAGCCUCUCAAAGACCACGCCAAGGUACAAGUCUACAUCCAGGACAUUAACGACAACGCACCCAAGUUCACCAAGGACAUGUACCAGGCCUCGGUCUCCGAGUCAGCGCAGAACAUGACCCAGAUACUCCGAGUUUCUGCCUCAGAUGUGGACGAGAACCAAAACGGACUGGUGCGCUACCGUCUCUCGGAGGGCAACGAGGAACGCCAGUUCAGCAUCGACGGCAGCUCUGGUCAAGUCACACUCGUGGGGAGGUUGGACUACGAGACGACGUCUACAUAUUCUCUUAAGAUAAUAGCCGAAGACUCCGGGUUAGUCCCUCUGUCCUCGUCCUGCCUGCUAACCGUAACCGUCCUGGACGAGAACGACAACUCUCCCGCUUUCCCCAAGUCGACCAUGACUGUGGACGUCCUAGAGAACAUGAGGAUCGGAGAGCUGGUGGCGUCCAUCACAGCUACAGACGCAGACUCGGGUUCCAACGCCGAUAUAACGUACAGCAUCACGGCAAACAACAAUCACGGCACGUUCAGCAUCAGUCCCAGUACCGGGAGCAUCUUCCUGGUCCGAAAGCUCGACUAUGAAACUCAGUCCCUGUACAAGCUGAACAUCACGGCCAGGGACAACGGCCGGCCCCCCAGACUGUCCUUCAUACCCCUGGUCAUUCACGUCCGAGAUUUUAACGACAACCCACCCGUCUUCAUGCCGGGAGAUAUCUUCAAGUCCAUUCCCGAAAACCUUCCGCUGUCCACGUCGGUCGUGACGAUCACGGCGCACGACACCGACGCGGACAUCAAUGGGAUGCUGGAGUACUCCAUCGUCCAGCAGACGCCCAGAGGAAGUCAUUUCCGGAUUAACCCCGGUUCCGGGGUCGUUCUGACCAACAGCCAGAUCGACCGAGAGUUCUCCAACAUGUUCGAGCUCACCGUUAAAGCCACCGAUCUGGCAGUUCCCGUCGAGUUCCGCCGGUUCGCACUGAAGAACGUCACCAUAUGGAUCACGGAUCAAAACGACAACGUUCCCAGUUUCGUCUCGCAGAACGCCCUGGUGGCCGAACCCAACAUCGUGAUCGGAUCCAUCCUGACCACGGUUUCAGCUCACGACCCUGACGAGGGCGCGAACGGAGAGGUGGAGUACGAGUUAAUCAAGGGCGACUCGGAUACUUUCAUCAUGGACAGGUACAGCGGGGACAUACGCCUGGCGUCGCAGCUCGUCCCGUCCAGACUGGUCUACAGUCUCGUCGUCUCGGCCACCGACCACGGGACGGAGCGCAAGACGUCCAGGACCGAGCUAACUAUCAUAAUUCAGGGCACGGACGGGCCCGUCUUCUCUCAGCCCAAAUACAUCACCAUUUUAAGGGAAGGUCAACCUCCGGGUACCAACGUGAUCUCUCUGGACGCGUCCAGCCCUCGUGGAGCCGCCGCCAAAGUGGAGUAUUUCAUCGUAGCCGUGCGUAGCUCCGAGAAAGCCGUCGGGAGGCUUUUCACCAUCGGGCGUCACACCGGCGUGAUCCAGACGGUCACCGAGCUGGACAGGGAGCAGGGUGCCGACCUGUACCUCGUGGAAGUCUACGCCAUCGAGACCGAGACCAGCCAGCCCCGAACCCAACGAGCCGAGGUGGAGAUCACCCUGCAGGACGUUAACGAUAACGCUCCGCUCUUCCCCAGCGACGUUCUGGACGUGACGGUUCAGGAGAACGUCGGCGAUGGAUUCAGGAUAAUGCAGCUAACAGCCACCGACGCAGACGAGGGUCCGAACGCUCUGGUCACCUACACCAUCAUCAGCGGGGCGGACGACAGUUUCAGGAUCGACCCCGAGUCAGGUGACCUGACGGCCACGAGGCGAUUGGACAGAGAGCGCCGCUCCAAAUACUCGCUGCUGGUUCGAGCGGACGACGGUCAGCAAUCGUCCGACAUGUUCGUCAACAUCACAGUGAGCGACGUGAACGACCACACGCCCACCUUCUCCCGCCCCGUUUACUCCUUCGACAUCCCAGAGGACACGGCGGCGGGCUCCAUCGUGGCGGCGAUCCUGGCGAGCGACUCGGACUCCGGCUCUAACGGCGAGGUGACGUACUGCCUGGAGGAGGACGACGACGACUCCACCUUCCUGGUGAACCCGGUGACGGGCGUGUUUAACGUGACGCGGGCGCUGGAUUACGAAACGCAGCGCUAUUACAUCAUGACGGUGAAGGCGGAGGACGGCGGAGGACAGGCCAGCUACGUACGGGUUUACUUUAACGUGCUGGAUGUGAAUGAUAAUGCGCCGGUGUUUAACUCCACUCUGUACAGCACGUCCAUCCUGGAGGACCUGAACCCCGGAUCCUCCGUCCUCACGCUGGCGGCGGCUGAUGCAGACGACGGUCCGAACGCUCAGCUGGAGUUCCGUAUCGCUACAGGAGAUCAUCAGUCUCAGUUCAGCAUCAGUGACUCUGGUGUUCUUCAGACCACUAAAGCUCUGGACCGUGAAGCUCAGUCCUUCUACAACCUGGUCAUCACCGCUAACGAUCUGGCUCCGCCUCCCGCCGCCCGCUUCACCAGCACCGCCCAGGUCUCCGUCAUCCUGCUGGACGUCAACGACUGCCCGCCCGUCUUCAUCACGCAGAAGGUGGCCUUCAUCCAGGAGAACACGGCGGUGGACACGGUGGUGCUCACGGUGCAGGCGCUGGACCCCGACAGCGGCCCCAACAGCUACGUGGAAUACUCGCUGACCAAAACGUACGGGAGCAAGUUCAGCGUGGGGAACAUCGACGGGAACGUCCGGCUGAUCGGGGAACUGGACCGGGAGGAGAUGACCAAUUACACGCUCACCGUGAUCGCCACGGAUAAGGGCCGGCCUCCGCUGUCCUCCACCAUGGAGGUGACCAUGGUGGUUCUGGACGUGAACGACAACACGCCCAGCUUCUCGCAGAACAUCUACGACAUCGAGAUCGAGGAGAACAUGCUCACCGGAACCGACGUCCUGCAGGUGUUCGCUACCGACACGGACGACGGGACAAACGGACAAAUCCGCUUCUCCAUCGGCGCCGCUAACGGGAACUCGGAUUUCCGGAUCGAUUCGGUCACCGGCGUGAUUUCGGUGGCUAAACCUCUGGACCGUGAAGCUCGAUCUUCAUACUCGUUGGUGGUUCAGGCCUCGGAUCGCGGGAGCAGCCCCCGGGUGGACCGCGCCACCGUCAACAUUGUGCUGCUGGACGUGAAUGAUUGUGCGCCGCUCUUUGAGCCCUCGGUCUACACCGUCAACGUUCAGGAGAACCUGGAGGACCUUCCCAAGAACAUCCUACAGGUGGUGGCUCGUGAUGACGACGCCGGUCUGAACGGGCAGGUGAGCUUCACCCUGAGUGGAGGAAACGACGAGGGUUCCUUCAGCCUGACGUCCAGCGGCCAGCUCCGACUGGAGAGGACUCUGGACCGCGAGCUUCAGGACCGAUACCAGCUCACCGUCACCGCCAUCGACUCGGGUUCUCCGUCUCUGAGCGGCUCGGCCACCGUGGUGGUUCUGGUGGACGACGUGAACGACAUGGUUCCCUCCUUCGCCUCCUCGUCCUAUCACACGUCCGUAUCGGAGAACGCGCCCACGGGAAGUGAUGUCAUGCUGGUGAACGCCUCCGACGCAGACGUGGGUCCCAACGGAGCCAUCAGUUACCGGCUGACCGGAGGAGACGGGCAGUUCUCCAUCAAUCCAGCGACCGGACAGAUAAUAACCAGCUCACUGCUGGACCGAGAGACCAGAGCCAGUUACGAACUGCUGGUGGUGGCGUCAGACGGGGGGCAUCCCACGCCCCUGUCCAGCUCCGCCACCGUUUCCGUGGUGAUCAACGACGUUAACGAUAACCCACCCAGGUUUCAUCAUCAUCCGUACGUCACGCACAUCCCCGCCUCCACCGCUCCAGGUUCCUUGGUGUUUGCCGUCACCGUGACCGACGAGGACUCGGGCUCUAACGCCCAGCUGCACUACUCCCUCAGCGGCCGGAACUCCGACAAAUUCAUCAUCGACCCGCUCCGAGGUGCCAUCACCGCCGGCGAGAGGCUCAGCGGCACCUCCGAGGUCACGUUCACGGUCCGCGUCAAGGACGGCGGCAGCGGCCCCAAGUCUGACAGCACCACCGUGACCGUCCGGUUCGUCUCGGGCGGAGACUUUCCCAAGAUCAGGAUCAAAGAGAAGAGCUUCACGUUUCUGGAGAACCAAGCCCUGAACACGGUGGUGACCAAGGUCUCGGGGCAGUCUACACGAGCCGGGUCGCUGUCGUACUACAUCGCCAGCGGUAACCUGGACGGCGCGUUUCACAUCGACCAGCUUUCUGGUGAGCUGUCCAUCAAAAAGUCGCUGGAUUACGAGAGCGUGGACGAGUACGUGCUCUGGAUCGAAGCGCGAGAUCAAAGCUUCCCGCCGUACUCCGCCUACGAGAGGAUCGAAAUCACCGUCCUGGACGUUAACGACAACAGUCCGGUGUUCCACCAGGAACCGUUCCACGCCGAGAUUCUGGAGAACGUGUCGCCGCAGCGAGUGCUGGUGGUGUCGGCUCUCGAUCAGGACAGCGGACCUAACGGGCAGCUGGAUUACACCAUGACCGACGGGAAUAAAGAGAACAGCUUUGCUAUCAACCGCGGCACCGGCGAGAUCCGCACCACAAGGCCGCUAGACCGGGAGAAAGUGGGCCGGUACGUCCUAAAAGUCCAAGCCAGCGACCGCGGCACGCCUCCGAGAAGCGCCGGCGUCAAAGUCAUCAUCAACGUUCUAGAUGUGAACGAUAAUGCGCCGAGGUUUUCCAAAAUCUUCAGCGCGACGGUGCCCGAGAACGCGCCUGUCGGCUACACCGUGACUCGAGUGACCACCACUGACGAGGACGCCGGCGCCAACGCGGUCAGCCGCUACACCCUAAACGAUGCGAGUCUCCCGUUCAGUAUUAACCCCAGCACCGGGGACAUAACCAUCAGCAGGCCGCUGAACAGAGAGGACACUGACCAUUACAUCGCCAGAGUCUCAGCCCACGAUUCGGGCUGGACCGUGAGCACCGACGUUACCGUAUUCAUCACCGAUGUUAACGACAACGCCCCCAAAUUCACCAAGCCGUCGUACUACCUGGACUACCCUGAACUCACCGAGGUGGGCUCGCUGGUCACGCAGGUCUCAGCCACAGACCUCGACCAAGGGUUCAACGGUAAACUCUUCUACUUCAUCAGAUCUCAGUCCGAAUACUUCCGGAUCAACUCCAGCACCGGCGAGAUAUUCACGAAGCAGCAGCUCAGGUACCAGAACUCCACCGGGCACAGCAACGCCAACGUGAACCGGCACAGCUUCAUCGUCACGGCGUCCGACCGGGGCGUCAAACCUCUGAUGAGCGAAACCACGGUGAUCGUCAACGUCGUCGACAGCAACGACAACCCGCCCGCCUUCGAGGCGCCCUCGUACUUCACCCCCGUCACCAAGAGCGUCAAAGUGGGAACCAGACUCAUCCAAGUCACGGCGCACGACGACAAAGACUUCGGCGUGAACUCCGAAAUCGAGUACGCCGUAACAGCGGGCAACGGGUCGAGCAAGUUCCGCUUGGAAAAACAGAGCGGUUGGGUGACUGUGGCGUCCUCGCUGGCUCUCCUCGUUGAUAAGGUGUACCUGCUGGAGAUAACCGUGACAGAUAAAGGGAACCCGCCGCUGUCGGAUAAAACCACGCUUAAAAUUGCCGUCACCGAUGAGAAUCAUCACACGCCGGAGUUUUCCCAGAGCCAGGUUACCGCGACGGUGUCGGAAAGCCUGAGCGUCGGGACGGCCAUCCGCACUCUGUCUGCGAGAGACAAGGACAAGGACAAACACAUGAACGGACUCGUGACGUACAACGUCUCCUCAGGGAACGACGACGGACUGUUCACCGUCAACAGCAGAACCGGCGUCCUGUCUCUGGCUAAACCUUUAGAUUACGAACAAACACAAAAGCACGAGCUCAGAGUCUCGGCCACGGACGGAGGCUGGAUCUCCAAGACGAGCUACGUUACCGUCACCGUUCACGUCACCGACGUUAACGACAACCCGCCGGUCUUCGAUCCCGAUGAAUACUUCCCGGUCGUGCAGGAGAACGUACCGAGCGGAACCACGGUGGUGAAACUGAACGCCACGGAUAAAGACUCCGGCCCCAACGCCGUCCUGGCGUACGUCAUACAGUCCUCAGACAGCGACCUGUUCGUCAUCGAUCCCAACACCGGAGUCAUCACCACCCAAGGUUUCCUGGACUACGAAGCCAAACAAGUGUACCAUCUAACCGUCAAAGCGUUUAACGUCCCCGACGAGGAGCGCUGCAGCUUUGCGAAUGUCAACAUUCAGCUUCAGGGAGCCAAUGAGUACGUCCCGCGCUUCGUCUCUAAGCAGUACUACUUUGAGGUUUCGGAGGCUGCGGCGAGGGGCACGGUGGUCGGAGAAGUGUUUGCGAGCGACAGGGACCUGGGAAAAGACGGCGUGGUGUAUUACUUGAUUUUCGGACGAGGCCGUAGGAAAGGUUUCGGAAUCGAUCAACACACGGGCCAGAUCUUCGUCGCCGGACCUCUCGACCGUGAGAAGGAGGAGAAAGUUUCUUUAAAAGUGCUCGCCAAAAACUCAGGAAGCAUCAGAGGGGCGGACAUCGACGAAGUCUUGGUGAAUAUCACGAUCCUCGACGCCAACGACCCUCCCGUGUUCACCCAGGACCUCUACGACGUCCAGGUCAGCGAAGGUCUGUCACCUGGAGGUCUGGUCACCUUCGUCAGUGCCGAGGAUUCGGAUUCGGUGCCGAGCUGGAGCAGGUUCACGUACUCCAUCCAGUCUGAUCGUAGAACUUCUGCCUUUACCAUCAACCCACAGACCGGACAGGUAUCCGUGGCGGCCGAGCUGGAUCGUGAGACCACGCCCGUGUACAACCUGACCCUGCUGGCUGUAGACUCCGGCUCGCCUGCGGCCACCGGCACGGCCACACUGAUCGUCACUCUGGAGGACAUUAACGACAACGGGCCGACGUUACUCACCACACGUGGGGAGGUCAUGGAGAACCAGAGGGCAGGAACACCAGUGAUGACCCUCAGCUCUAAAGAUCCCGAUCUGGCACCAAACCAGGGGCCGUUCUCAUACAGCCUGCUCGCGGAUGCACCGUCUGCGGCUCACUUCACGCUAACCUCAUCCGGCAAGCUUAGCACCAGUCGAGAGAUCGACAGGGAACAAAUCAGCGACUUCUACCUCCCCGUGGUCAUCAAAGACUCCGGCGUUCCUCAGAUGUCCUCCACAGGAACCGUUCACAUCAAAGUGAACGAUCAGAAUGAUAACCCCUCCCGGUCUCGCUCCGUCGAAAUCUACGUGCACUACUUCGGAAACAUGUUCUCCGGAGGUUCUCUCGGCAUCGUAAAGCCCGAUGAUCCGGACAUACAGGACAUGUUCAGCUGCAGCGUGAUCCCUCCUGCCGCGAGCCUGUUCAGCAUCCCUGCUGGAACCUGCGACCUUAACUCGAACGCCCGCUCCACCGAUGGCACAUUCGACCUCACCGUGCGCAGCAGCGACGGCGUCCACGCUUCCGUCAACAGCAGAGUUCGAGUUUUCUUUAUCGGGUUCAGUAAUGCGACGGUCGAUAACAGUAUUCUGAUCCGGCUCGCUUCCCGGAGCGUCUCCGACUUCCUUGGCGAGCACUACCUCAACUUCGUGCGCGUCGCUAAUUCACAGCUGGCGGGGCUGGGCACUGGAGUUCAGCUCUACGGGGCGUUCGAGUCCGACAACCGGACGUUCCUCAUGGCGGCCGUCAAACGUGGUCACGGGCAGUACGUGAACCCGAGUGGCGUGACCACCUUCUUCCAGAGUAUCAAAGAAGUCCUGCACAGGCAAAGCGGGGUCAAGAUCGACUCUGUGGACCACGAUCCCUGCACCCACAACCCGUGCCAGAACGGUGCCAGCUGCAAGCGACGCCUGGGCGUGGGAGCAGACACGACCACAGUCGAAAGCCUCCCGGUCAUCCUGGUCUCGAACCGCCCCCUACAGCCGUACGUGUGUGACUGCAGGCCGGGCUACGCCGGCAGCCUGUGCGAGACGGAUAUCAACGAGUGCCUUCCAUCGCCCUGCCAUAACGGCGGCACCUGCCACAACCUCAUCGGAGGCUUUUCCUGCUCCUGUCCGGACGGGUUCACCGGGACGGCCUGCGAGAGGGACGUCAACGAGUGCCUGUCCAACCCGUGCAGGAACGGAGCGCUGUGCCAAAACUAUCCCGGUGGCUUCAGCUGCCUGUGCAAGUCUGGAUUUGCAGGAAAAAGCUGCGAGUCCGUCAUCAAUUACUGCGAGUGCAACCCCUGUUUCAACGGAGCUUCCUGCCAGAGCCGCGCCGAGGGCUAUUACUGUCACUGUCCGUUCGGUGUUUUUGGGAAACACUGUGAGCUGAACAGCUACGGGUUCGAGGAGCUCUCCUACAUGGAGUUCCCCAGCCUGGACCCCAACAACAACUACAUUUACAUCAAGUUUGCCACGCUGAUGGAGAACGCCCUGCUCAUGUACAACCACGACAACCAGACGGGCGACAGGGCCGAGUUCCUGGCUCUGGAGAUUACCGAAGGGCGCGUGAGGUUCUCCUUUAACCUGGGCGGUGGAACCUACAGACUCAUGACCACGGUCUGGGUCUCGGACGGGGAGUUCCACACCGUCGUGGCCAGAAGAGCCGGCAUGGCGGCGUCUCUCACCGUGGAUCAGUGUGGUGAGGACCAGGAGCCGGGGUACUGCACCGUGAGCAACGUGGCCGUUCAUACAGACUGGGUUCUGGACGUUCAGCCGAACCGUUUGUUGGUGGGGGGCGUCCGGUCCAUCGAGCCGCUGCUGCGCCGGAACAAUCAGGUCAUCACACACGACUUCACCGGCUGCAUCAUGGAGUUCUCCAUCAACGGCCGUCCACUCGAACCCUCACAGGCCCUGAGCUCUCUAGGAAUCCUGGACAGAUGUCCCAGGAUGGAGGGUGCGUGUGUCGCCAACCCCUGCAGACACGGCGGGACGUGUUUGGACAUGUGGUCAUGGCAACAGUGCCAGUGUGCCGAAGGACUGACAGGCAAAUACUGCGAGAAAUUCGUCUCGGCGGACUCGGCGCUCUCUCUGGACGGUAGCGGACGCUUCGAUUAUUCUCUCCGUCAGAGCUGGAAGAGAGACGUGAUGAUGCGCCGGAACCUGCACAGCAGCCUGGAGCUGAAGUUCCGCACGCGCAGCAAAUCAGGAACGCUGAUCCACGUCCAGGAGAACUCCAACUACACAACUGUCAGACUAAAGAACGGGAACCUGCAGUACGUGUCAGAGGCGGGCGUGGCCGGGAAGGUGGAGAGGAUUGUGGGAGAUGGAGUUUUCUCAGAUGGUCAGUGGCACACAGUGGUGCUACAGAGGAACGUCUCGUCCACCAGCGUCCUGAUCGACCGCACCGUCCUGCGCCUCAUCACACACCCCACACAGGACUUCGGGGGGCUGGAGGUCCUGACGCUGUCGCUGGGGGGGGAACCGCCGCGGAGCAACCAGCAGAACAACGCACCAGGAUUCGACGGCUGCUACGAGUACGUGAAGUACAACGGCGAGCUCCUGCCCUUCUCCGGCGACCACCGGACCGUCUCCGUGUCCGUCUCCGGGCCGGACGACUCUGUGAAGAUCGGCUGCCGCGGGCCGAACAUGUGCGCCAGCGCCCCCUGCUGGGACGGCAUGAUGUGCGUGAAUCAGUGGUUCAGUUACCAGUGCGUGCCGCCGGGGGACUGCGCGUCCGGUCCCUGCCGUAACGGGGGCAGCUGCGUCCCGGGGCCCCGCGGCGGCUUCAGCUGCGCCUGCGACGAGAUGCACACGGGGCAGACGUGCGAGACCCUGGUGGCGUGUCUGGGCGUGACGUGUCCUCAGGGGACGGCGUGUACGCUGGACAGUAACGGCGGAUUCAUCUGCAGCGCCGGCGCCGGCACCGAGGAGUUCGUUCUGCCCAUCUGGGCGGUGCCGGCGAUCGUGGGCGGCUGCGCCAUGGUUCUCGCCCUGCUGGUGCUCGGGCUCAUACUGCACAACCACUGCAAGGGCGGCGGGAAGACGGCGGUCCCCAAAGAGAAGAAGGAGAAGAAGAAGAAGAAGAAGAAGAAGGGGAGCGAGAACGUGGCGUUCGAUGAUCCGGAUCACAUGGGCGACGUGGACAUGACGGUGCGGAAGCAGCCGGAGGGAAACCCCAAACCCGACAUCAUCGAGCGGGAGAAUCCGUACCUCAUCUACGACGAGACCGACCACCCGGAGAGCUGCGACGCCGUCCCGAGCGCCCCGGAGAUCGCCGACAUCGAGCACUACGACAUCGACAACGCCAGCAGCAUCGCACCCUCCGACGCAGACGUCGUCCAGCACUACAAACAGUUCCGCAGCCACACCCCCAAAUUCAGCAUCCAGAUCCAGCGCCACAGUCCGCUGGGAUACGCCCGCCAGUCGCCCCUAACCCUGGGCGCUUCCAGUUACGCCUACCAACCUUCCUAUGCCCCGGGUCUCCGCCAGACCCCGCUCAGCCACGCCCCCUGCCCCACACCCACCCCGCUUUCCCGCCACAGCCCGGCUCACUUCUCCAAACCGCCUGCUUUCUACCGGAACACGCCCACGCGGGAGAUGAACCUGAACCUGGCGCGGCGGGACGGCAGCCCGCUGGACUUCCACGCAGACGCCUGCCAGUCGGCCGUCUUCAACUACACGGCGUCGCGUCUCGGCCGGCGCAGCAAGAGUCCGCAGACCAUGGCGGGUCACGGGUCGCGGCCGGGGAGCCGCCUGAAGCAGCCCAUCGAGCAGAUCCCGCUGGAGACCGGUCCUCCCAUCGGACUGUCCAUCGAGGAGGUGGAGCGACUCAACACCCCGCGCCCGAGGAACCCCAGCAUCUGCAGCGCCGACCACGGACGCUCGUCCUCCGAGGAAGACGCCAGACGUCCCCUCUCGCGCGUCCGGAACCCCGCCGAUGGAAUCCCGGCCCCGGAUUCGUCCUCCGACAGCGACUCGCACGAUUCCUUCACCUGCUCCGAGAUGGAGUACGACCGGGAGAAACCGGUCAGCUACGGGUCCCGAGUCCCCAAACUCUCACAGGUCAACGAGUCCGACGCCGACGACGACGAGGAUUACGGUGGAGGAGGAGGAGGGAGGAUCAAGCAAAGGAGGUACUCCAGCCGCCGGGCAGAGGGCGGGGCCGGCAGCGGUCGAGGUGCUUUCGGGGAGCACCAGCAUCACACGUUGCCUCACAAACUGGGUCAAAGCUCGGGCAACUUCAACUGGGACAGCCUGCUGAACUGGGGACCCGGGUUUAGCCACUACGUGGACGUUUUUAAAGACUUAGCCAUGCUUCCGGAAAAUUCCAACGUGCUCGAAAUGAACAGCGGCGACGGUUCGGUUACCAUCGUCGCCGAGGGAGAGGCGGAGCAGUACGUAUGAGGCGUCCUCUCUCCUCACGGACCGUCCGGGACUGGCGCCGAGAGACGGCGGACGCUAGCAAUAAUAAACACUUCCGUUGUUUUAUUUUCACGUUGUAUUUUGGUACUUGUAUUUGUAACGAGACGAGCUGGAAUGCAGUGAGGCGGAGCGACACUCCGCUGAUCCGUCGAUCCUGAUCCUGUACAAUAAAAGACUGGUGGAGCGGAGGGACGGUCUCACUUCAGAGUAAACAGUCGGGUCCGAAAAGCUCACAGACGAGGAUUUGUUUCAUUUGGGGGAUUUACAGAUGUUUACAUGCACACUAAUACUGCGAACCUGCUCGGUCCCGCCCGGAACGACUCCAUUUAUAAUAAAUCAUAAGAUUUUGAUCUCAGCAACCCUAAAAAAGCUUAAAUAAGACCGUCUGAUAAAUAAGAGGCGUGUGGAGUGUUUGAACCGGUAAUUUGGACCUGGCCGGGCGUCCACAAGAACACAAUCGGGCGUGUUUGAUGGAGGGAGGGUCGAACGGGGUCCGGUGUUUGUCUGUACGCAUUGCGGCUCUCUGUGGCAGCACAACACUGGCAGGUUAUAAGAAGUAACUGUGGAUUGGAACCGUUUAAAAGGGGGGGUGGUGAUUCAGCUCUCCACAAUCUGGAAUUGGAUAUGACUAAAUUGCGUCCAUACGUGUCCAGUUUGUCUGUCGACAUAAUAUGCUAUUGUGCUCUUUAGGACUCCCAAAUACAGAUUGCCAUGGUAUUGAUUAGAGUCCAAAUGAUUUUUUUUUGUGGUGUGGGAAUUUGGGACGGGCGUGUGUUACCUGGUUGACGUACCUGCUCAGUGUCGUUUUUUUUCCAGAUGUUAAACAGAACUAUCGUCGAGCGUGUCGUCUUUACGUUGACUCAGACCCUUGGAUGCCGCUCCAGCGUUAAAUAUUCCCCCUCAGAUCCCGUAGACGUUUAUCAGAGCUCCUUAACGACCUUCUACACUUCUGCUCACAUUCUUCCACGCAGCUCAGAGCCGGCGGGAGGAUGUGGCGGUUUUACAAGCGCCGCCACCACAUGAACUCAAUCAAUCCCCCCCAAAACACCGAGCCUGAUCCAGAGGUUUAGAGCGCCGCCGAGAACCUCUAUCAAAAAAUAAUAGCGCUCUGUCCGGUGAUAUUGGCUCUGACAUGAGAAAACACGAAGCCGGCGGAGCAGGAACGCGGCGCUACGAUCAGUUUCAGAAGCCGCCUUUUCUGAACUCUGAUCUCUGCGUUUAUCCAGACCGAUCUGAGCUGCAAUCUGAUUUAGGAUCGUCGCUCUAACGCUGGUAUGAUUUCAGACUUCAUUAUCGUAUCCGCGUCUCGACUCCAGAGAAACAUCCAGCGAGUGAUUCGGGAACUCUGGGUUUGUAGAUUCAGAUCUGAUUGUCACAGCAGCGCACUAAUAAAUAAAAACGAUGCAGUGCAUUUAGGCGCCCUCUGCUGGUGGCAGGAGGACUGCAGGCUGGCACACGCUGCUCUCUCUGUGUUCUUCUCCCAGGCAGAAGGAGGCGCUCUUGAAACAUCGUGUGCCCGACCAGACUGGCACUGCCAAGACCCAGAUUGUUCAGGCUAAAGAGGCGUGAACAGAACGUCCAUAUAUCAGCAGCCACAAUGCUUUAUUGGCGCCCCCUGCUGGUGAAUUGUGACCUCAAGAAUAACAUUUUAUUACUCCCCUCAGCAGGUAAAAAGCAGGACGCCCCCUGCUGGUAAUUUGGGACUUCACAAGAACAUUUUAAUGAAGGCUUUAGCUGGUGAAUCAUCUCAUCAAUAAUGUUUGAUUGCUCCCCCUGCUGGUGAAUCAUGAUAAUUCUGUUGAUUACAUUUUAUUGGCGCCCCCUGCUGGUGAAUUGGGACCCUGUGAGUAAUAUUCUAUUAAUGUCCUCAGCAGGUGAAAUAAGAUUUUGCAAGUACUGUCUUAUUGGCGCCCCCUGCUGGUGAAUUUAGACCUUGUGAAUGACAUUUUAUUGGUGCCCCCUGCUGGUGAAUCAGGACCAGUCGAGCUCUGGACCGUUCAGAUAAAUCGUGACGGGAUUAUUAGUUCUGUACGUCGGUGGCGUCUGUGAUUUCGGACCCGACCGCUGAAGAGGGAGAAGUGCACGUGUGGGUGGUGCGCAGAUUAUCGGUGGAAGGUUCGUGUCCUGUUCUGUAGGAGCCGCUGCUGAAGCAGAAGUAUGUGGACGCUAAAGGAAAGCAGCGGUGUAGAGUUUGUGAUGAAGAGUUUCAGUGUUUUAAUGAUGAACUUUUUUAUUAACUUAAAGUGAUUAAGACGUGUUUUCAUGAUGAUUGUGUUUGAUAUGCUGGAGAUAAUAAUAAUAAUGAUCCUCUCAGAGCGGAGGAGACGUUUUAUUUUGUACCUUUGUUACUCAUGUCGUCGUAUUUUUCACUUCCUUUGUGGUUGUUAAAACUAUAACAUACUGUAACGCUUCAUACGUGUAAGAGCCAAUAACAGAAUAAACAAUAUUUAUUUAAAGAGACGCAACUAAUCACUAACGCAACACCAGGCCGAACAUGAGCGGCUGUGGCACGAAUCAGAAUCACGCCGGUGAGUCGAGAGGUUUCAAUAAAGUCUGAAUAAAGUUUCCAGAGCGACUGAAGAUGUGUGUGGGAUCUCGACCCAAAAU